CUUCAGGCUCUGGUCGCUUGCGAGCCAAGUUGUUGUGAGGAACGAAGAAAAGAAACGGAGAGCGAAGCGGGAAAAGAGUCUCGUCGGUUUCUUCCGGUGUACAUACACUCGCCGUCGAGGCACCCGCGAAACGUGGAGGAUCCGAACGCAGCCCCCACUCCGUCGUAUUUUCCUUGUUUUCUCCUCUCCUAAACGAGUUGAGGAAGAAAGACUCCGUGGCUGAAAUCGGCGCUCGGUUGCUUGACCUUUGGAUGGGGAGACGGUUUUAAACGUAAACAAGCUCUGAGAGGAAUCGACUUCCAUCUGGGCGUUUCUUCGUCAUUGCCUCGCGUCUCUCGCCCUUUGGGUCUUUCUUUCACCUCUGUCGCUGUCUCCUCUCUUUCCUUUUUCUGGAUCUUCGCUCGUCGCUCCGGCUGCGACUCUCCCACAGUUCCUCCUGGGAUCCUUCAACUCGUUUCCGUUUUCCUCUUUUCUUCCUUUCUCUCAGUCUCCUCUGAUUUUUCCACGCUGCUUCCUUCUCUGUCGUGCCUGUAUUCCUUCUCUUCUGGCUGCGUCUUCUCGCGUCUCUCUCGACUCUUCUUUUCCCUCUCUGACGCAGCCCCACUCAUCUGCGUGCGGACGCCUCCCAGGUGCGUCGUAGAGAACUGGAAUCGCUGUUUCUGACGUAUUUUCUGUCCAUUUUCGAAACCUGAAGAACCGCCAUGGCGCAUUCCAGGGAACGUCGAUCUCCUUCUUGUCAGGUCUCUCCCCUCUCUCCGCCUACCGCCUCUGGACAGCGUGACGUCUCCGUUUCUGAGAGACGCGAGAAGACGUGCAACGCUCCCUGCGUGUCUCCUUUCUCCCGCAUGAAGACGAGUGCCUCCCCUUCGUUUUUGCUGUCGAAUUGGUUCCUCAUUUUCCUUCUCUUCUCUCUCUUCUGCGUGAUCGAGGGCGCCAAACCCAAGGAAGGCCGGCCUGUGACGUACGGCAGUGCCGUGUCGCUUGUCCACGUUCUCUCAGGCUUCAAGCUGUUUUCUGGAAAGAUCUCCUGGGGCUCGGGCAGUGGCCAGCAAGCCGUCACAGCGACUCCGAGCGGAGACAAAGCUGCAGCAGCGAACAUGCUCUGGAUUGUCAGUGCGCCUCCAAGUGGCAUGCGUCGGCAGCCUCUUGACAGCCCAGUGAUGGAAGCCCAGAUGGCGGGAAGCAAGAGCUCUGCUUCGAGUGAACCCGCUCCAGCCCUGGUCACUCCCGGGGCCGCAGGAGAACCUGUGCGAUGUGGAUCUGUGAUUUUCCUCGAACAUGGCAGCUCUCGGGGGACGCUGCAAGCAACUGGCGCCUCCUCGCCAAUCAGUAGCCAGAAAGAGGUCAGCGUCGGAGCGGGACGCGACACUAGAGUGGCCGGUUUCAAGUUGGUCUGCGCAAACACGAAGUCGGAGAUGUGGCUUACUGGAGAUAUUGUUACUUUUGAGCAUGUCAGACUCGGUACAAACCUUCAGGCGAAAAAAGAUCACCAGUUCACCCAACAAAACUGCGGUAGAGGUUGCCCCAUCGCCGGACAUAUCGAGGUGUCUGUGAGCAAUGAGAAGCCUCGGUCCAGUUGGGGAUGGUCGACUCCACCAGAUCAAUGGAAGGCUUCAGCAGGACUUAUGGUCAACAAGGAGGGCGAGGGAUUGUUCGACGAUCUGGGUUUCGACCAUGACGAACUCUAAGGGAGAGGCGGAAGGAACGUUAACCUUGUCACGAGCAGCCAAUGACUGCGCUUGCAGCUAUGCGGCAGUAACUCUCUGCUUCAUUUGCUGUUGGUUGCUGAUCUACUGUUGUUCAAGUGGAAACGCUGUCACUUAACUUCUCUGCACAUCGACGUUUGUAUUCUGUCGACGGGCGUAUUUUAUCUUGUUGCCGAAGAGGCUUGUGAGCGGGAAGGGUAGCACUGUUGCGGCGCGUUAUCAUCAUCAAGAGUGUUUUUCCGUCGUGGGCCAAGAGCCGAUUGGCAGGCUUAUGGGAAAGCAGCCUCAUGACUUGGCUCACUGAGCACACGAACAGGGCAC